ACUGACGCCAUUUUGUUUUUCGUUGCCGCCGCGUUGUCGCUGAGACUGUUUGGGUCUUAGUGAUUUAUUUUUAUUAAAUUUAAAGUUUAUUAUUAGAUUGAUUUAUUGAGUGUUAAUACGCUUUUGUUGUUUGAAUUGUAAAUUGUAAUACUCGUCAUGUCGGAUCGUGAGAGGAGUCGCUCGAGGACUCACAACGGGUCCCGGGAGCCUGCACCCAAGGCGGCUGCGAUGUCACGGGGACACAGCAGAAGCCGGUCACGCACGCCACCUCCGCCAAAAGCGACAAGUCGAAAAUAUAGAAGCCCGACCCGCUCCCGCUCGGGCUCGCCGCGGCGUGGCUACCGCUCGCGCUACUCGCGCAGCCGCUCGCGCUCGUACUCGCCGCGCGGCUCCUACCGCCGCUCGCACUCGCACAGCCCCAUGUCAUCCCGAAAGCGCCACCAAGGUGAUCGGGUGAGACUUUUGGAAAACCCUACACCAUCCCGGUGCUUGGGUGUGUUUGGUUUGAGCCUUUAUACCACUGAGCAGCAGAUUCAUCACAUCUUCUCAAAGUAUGGCCCCGUUGACAAAGUUCAAGUUGUUAUUGAUGCAAAGACUGGUCGCUCCCGAGGAUUCUGCUUCGUGUACUACGAAUCUCAGGACGACGCCAAGGUGGCCAAGAACGAAUGCACCGGCAUGGAGAUAGACGGCCGCCGGAUCCGUGUCGACUUCUCCAUCACACAGCGCGCGCACACGCCUACGCCUGGCAUAUACAUGGGCAAACCCACACAUGUCAGAGGAGAUAAUGGCUAUGGCGACAGACGUAGGGAUAGAGACAGCGACUACUACUACCGCGGCGGCAACUACCGCGAGCGCGAGCGCGACUACUACGCGCGCGGGUUCCGCCACCGCUCGCCGUCGCCGCACUACCGCCGCCGCCGCUACGAGCGCGAGCGCUCCUACUCGCCGCAUUGAGGGUAUCACAUAUCCAGGGAAGAAAAUUAGCAGCAGUAGUAUAAACAAAUGUGUUAAAUAACAGCAUUAACAGACAUUCAAAUAUAGUUCAAAUAUCUUUAUAUAAGGCUAACUCGAAUUUUACGAAGCACCAAUCAGUGGUUACUCUUUAGUGGUAAUGUUUCAUUUAAAAUUAAAAUCAAAUUAAGCUUCAUAGACGUUUGUGAGAUGAUUCGGAAAAGAAGUUUUGAGAUGAGAAUAGUUGUUUGUUUAAACUCAGUUUGUUGUAUGUACGAUAGUCCACAUGCGCCAAAAUGGUACAAGGUACUGGCGAAAAUGUUGGUUUGAAGAGCAAUAUGUGGGGGAACUAUAUUCGAAAGUCCGCUAACGCUGCUAAGGCUUCUAAUGAUGUUGGACACUAUGGUUAUUCCCCUCUUUGACUUUACAGGUCGGUAUUAAUAUCGUGACGCUGAGGUCAUCUUCAGAGUAGCAUAGUUUUUGAUACACCAUCACUAGCAAAUGCCCGCCGGCCACUAAUGCAUUUACCCGUACCUGUCCGGGCCGGCUAGUGCUGAUUCACUAUUGUAAGACGCGAGUAGCGCGUUGCCCAGCAACGAGCGCACUUCAGUCCAAAGUCACGUUUGUUACUAUACUGUAGAAGUGAUACAAAGGGUGUAGCUGUAAGUUAGUUUGUAAACGCCCUCGGGCGACGCCUCUAGGAUGUAAAGAUAGCUCUUAAUAAAGGUCUAAUACUAAGUCUAAUGAUGAUUUUGUUUUGUUUGAAAAGGUAUUGAAACAAGAAGUAAAGGAUGAAGUUCCUUGAAAAAACUAACUGUGUUGAAUGAAGUUUUGAAAAUGUUUGAUUGAAAAGCUUUCGAACUGGCGGUUUACGAAAAUCCGGACCGGGCCGGUGGGCGCCGAAAAGAAACUGUCGGUGCCGAAGCGAAGUUCUCGCGAACGCUCGCGCAUGAAAAGUCGAAAAGAAUAUGAUCGAGUCACGGUUUGUAGCCAACUCAAGCACGCAGCACGGAGGCGCUCUGACGCACUGAUCAUAUUCUUUCCCAACUCACAAACAAAACACAGUAACAUAUUGUAUUUAUGGUGAUCCUUAUGCAUUUUAUCUGUUUCAUUAUAUGUAUCUAUUUGUCAGAUAUUGUAGCUUGUAGUGUCACCGUUAUAUAUUCUAGUUUUAGACUUGUGUUGUGAGCGACUUGUUAAUAAAAUUAAUAGUUUUUUAAUGUCACAAUGA